AAAUUGACGUUUUGAGUCGCGAGUGGUCGUGUUCGUAUGGUUAUCGAAGUGCAGCGGGAAUGUAAAAUCUAGUUUGUUGAUUUCAAGUGAUUGUGAUAGUGAGGCCAUAUAAAUAAAAAUCACGUCAGAAUGCCGCCGAGUAGCCUUCGAGUGGUGUACGCGUUCGCCAGAGAAAUGUAUCCAAAAACGACGGACGUUUUCAUUCAAUAUGGGACGGCGGGAUUCCGGACUAAAGCCAAUCUCUUGGAGCAUGUGGUCUACCGCAUGGGUCUGCUGGCUGUCAUCCGCUCCAGAGUCAAGAAUGGUCGCACGAUCGGCAUAAUGAUAACGGCGUCCCACAACUUGGAGCCUGACAACGGGGUGAAGUUAGUCGACCCUGACGGAGAGAUGCUGGAUGGGAGCUGGGAGGAGAUUGCUACCAGGAUGGCUAACGUCAGCGACACGGAGCUGGAGGCGACGACGGCGGACGUGAUCCGGCAGGUGGGCGCCGACAUGGCGCUGAAGGCGAGCGUCUACGUCGGCAUGGACACCAGGUACACAAGCCCGCGGCUCGCGUCGGCGGCCGUGCACGGGGCAAUGGCUCUGAAGGGGACUCCCAAAGAGUUUGGCAUCGUCACGACCCCCAUGCUGCACUUCUUUGUCAAGUGUCGCAAUGAUGAGACGUAUGGGACGCCUAGUGAAGAAGGCUACUACCAAAAGAUAGUGGGUGCGUUCAAGCGUCUGCGCGCGCGCAUGCCCGUGGCCGGCGAGUACAACAACACCCUGUAUGUGGACGGAGCCAAUGGCGUGGGCGGCAAGAAACUCAACAUCAUCAAGAAGACCCUGGACGGGGAGUUGGAUUUACAUAUGUUCAAUACUGGCGGGAAUGGGGGCAAGCUGAAUUUGAAUUGCGGUGCGGACCACGUGAAGUCGACUCAAACCGCCCCAGUGGGGGUCGAACACGUGCCGUGGCAGCGCGUGGCCUCGCUAGACGGAGACGGGGAUAGGAUCGUCUACUACUAUAUUGAUGACAAAAACAAAUUGAAUCUCCUGGACGGCGACCGUAUCGCCACUCUGCUAGCCAGCUACGUCAACCAGCUGUUGAAAGAGAUAGGCGCAUCGGACCUCUCUGUCGCACUCGUGCAGACCGCGUACGCUAACGGUGCCUCUACGAAGUACAUCACUGAACAACUGAAAAUGCCCGUGACCUGCGUUAGCACAGGCGUGAAGCAUCUUCAUCAUGAGGCCCUGAAGUACGACGUGGGAGUGUACUUCGAGGCGAAUGGACACGGCACUGUGGUGUACAGUGGCAAGACUAAGGAGGCUGUGCGGAAGAUCUUUGAGGAGGGAGACCAAGAGCAGCGUAAAGCGGCGUCCAUCUUGCUGGACAUCAUCGACAUGACCAACGAGACGGUGGGCGACGCGCUGUCAGACCUGUUCCUUGUGGAGACGGCCUUAUGUGCCCGCGGGAUUAACACCAAGCAGUGGAUGCAGCUGUAUGAUGAUCUGCCGUGCCAGCUGAUGAAGCUUUCUGUUAAGGACCGAAACGUAGUAACAACAGCCGACGCGGACCAGCAAAGCACCUCACCCGAGGGCCUUCAGUCGCGUAUAGACGAGCUGGUAGCGAACAUCCCUAGCGGGCGUAGCUUCGUACGAGCUUCUGGGACUGAAGACGUGGUCAGGGUUUAUGCUGAAGCGGAUACACAGGAGAAUGUGCAGAAGUUGGCAGCGCAAGUGGCUCAGGCCGUGUACGACUUGGCAGGAGGCGUCGGGACCAGACCCACAUUACCGGAGUAGACCCCCGAACACUAAAUUGUGCUGAGUAAUCCGCGAUUCACGAAAGAUGACCAUAAUGUUGACAAUAGCAGCGCGUCAGAUGUAAUACAGUGGAAGUUUUUGAGUACGCGAAGCCCAAUUUAUUCAUGUUGGCUGAAAGAAACAAUCCGAAUACAGCUUAGCUGCACAAUAAAAUAGACGAAUUACAUUGGAAAAAUUGUCAAGUUACGUGAAUCGGACUAUACCUUAAUGUCACACAAUAAGGUCUGAUUUUGAAUGUAAGAUUUGUACAAAGAAACGCUUGGGUGUAUGUGAGCAUAAAUAAGCUAAACAGGUGAGAUAUGUAUAGUGCAGAGUUCGCUUAUUGCAACAGGAUAAGGUAUAUUUUUGAAAAACAUCUAUGUAGGUAAUUGUA